CUCGGCUGAAUUAAUUAUAUAGGGUUAAUGCUAACGAAAGGACGCUCAAGGUAAAUCUAAAUUAAUUAUGUUUCCUUUUUUUAUGAGCUUGCUGAUUUCACAUGAAGAUUAGUUUUGGACAAUGAUUUUUUUGUUUUCUGGAUAGCAUGCCAGCUAUGUUGCAAAAAUUUCCUUGCUUAUAAUUGAUUCAAGCGGAUUUUGGGUGUGACAUUCAGGUUUAAAGCAGCACUCACCGCGCUGAAGUCUCAUUCACCCUGGUGAUUUGGAAGAGAGCAGAUCGAGAACAACUAGAGCUGUAAGACCGAUAUCUUACUUUACGUCUACCAUCAUGAGUGUGAUUGCAAAAGUCAUGAAGAUCGAGCUGACUAUGACAGGUCACAUCAACAAAAAGCACCAUUUCAAGAUUACAGGAACGGGAGAAGGCAAGCCUUUCGAAGGAACACAGACUAUAGACCUUGUAGUCACAGAAGGCGGUCCUCUCCCUUUCGCUUUCGACAUCUUGACAACAGCAACCGAGUACGGCAACAGGGCGUUCACCAAAUACCCAUCAGACAUACCGGACUUUUUCAAGCAGUCGUUCCCUGAGGGAUUUUCUUGGGAGCGAACCAUGACUUUCGAAGAUGGAGGCGUUUGCACCGUGACAAACAACAUAACAAUGGAUGGUAACGUUUUUAAAUAUGACAUUAAAUUUAUUGGCGAGAACCUUGACACAGACGGUCCAAUUAUGAAGAAAAAGACGCUGAAAUGGGAGCCAUCCUGUGAGAGUAUGUAUGCUGGCAAAGGCGGAGUUCUACAGGGAGAUGUUUUCAGGCAUCUGUUGCUUGAAGGAGGCGGCCAUUACCGAUGUGAUUUCAGAACUACUUACACAGCGAAGAAGAGGGUCGAGUUGCCAAAAUUCCACUACAUCGACCACCGCAUUGAGAUUUUAAGCCAUGACAAAGAAUACACCAAGGUUAAGGUGUAUGAGAUCGCCGAAGCUCACGAGCAUCCGCUGACGAAAAACGCCUAGUAAACGAUUCAGCGAAAAUCCAAGACGACAACGAUAAAAAUAAAGGAAUUUACUCAGGAUUACUAUAUAACACUUGCACUUCAGCAAUUCGUUUCGGGAUUUCUUAGAGACUAGCUCUUUGGUUCACGUUUGGAAAAAAAACAAAACAAAACAAAACAUAACAAAAACAAAAACAAACAAACAAACAAAAAACGGAAUUGCGGAAUUACAUUAUAAGGAUAGACUUUUUACACUUAUACAUUUAUACAUGUAGCUGUAGACAAAUAAAAGAAAGAAAACUAAGUGAGAAUAAAGUUGUUGUCAAAGCCAGUUAGUUGAAGUUUAGUUUUGUUGUCAUAGAGUCUUGGCGAGUGGAAGAGUGACGUUGGCGUUUCAUGUAAUUAGCAAAAAGUCAAUGGUUUACCUUCCCCUUCUUCUCACUAAAAGUGCAACAGGAAUGGUGGAAGAUUAAAAACAGGAAUCAGUCACUCCAGCCUUUUUUUAGAUGCACUCAACCUCCGAAUUCUUAUUUUCACCUGAUUCAAUCUAUUCAUUGUUUUAUCUUGUAAAAAGAAAUUGGAUUUGAUGGAAUCUUUAACUUUUCAUUAUUCGCAAAAUCUCAAUCAUUUUUUGUUAAGACCGAGUAGUGUGACAAGUCUGGUAUCCUCUUCUUUGUUACUUUACUUCUUUGUUGUCGCAAUCAUCAAAGCCUAAACGUUAAGGAUUAUGGCCCCGGGCUCGCUUCUGGUUACCACUGAAAAGAUAAGCAUCGUUUCUAAAUGGCGUAUUCCCUGCUUUGUGGCUCUGUGCCACUCGUGCUGGUGAAAAAAGGCUUCGAACUCCAUUACGUACUGUGUAUGGGUCAAAACAAUCGUCACGCUUCCCCUUACACCAAUGGUUAGGAAACGCGAAGCUCUGAGAGCAUCAAAUUUGGGCAUGAGCAGUGAAAACUGAAGUCAUUCAAGCGAUGAUGGCGGACAAGUAAAUUAAAGUGCUCGGUCGUGCUACAAAUAGAGAGAGAAUAUUUGAGAUUUUAGCUUUGUUUGGUGUAAACUGUGGACAGUCAGAAGUAAUUUUGUAACGGUCUUAUCUUAUUCAGGCUCGAUUUUUUAAGGUAUGUGAAUUUUAAGAUGGUAAUUUCAGCGCAGUUUUCGAAAACUGUGGCUCGUUCUGAUGAUUGCCACAGUCAACGAGUCGAUGAAAACGAAAGGGAACGUUACGCUCAGUGGAAUCUAAGGUUUUCAUCCUUGUCAAUGGGGAAAGUUAAUGCAUAUCUCAAAAUGAAAGAAAUUGAAAAAAAAAAACUAGAAGUAGAAGCAGUAGAAGUUGCGCAUGCUGCAAACGUCUUACUUCAAAGAAUUUAAGCCAUUGGAGUCCAAAACAACAUGCUCUUCGCAAGAAUGGGUUUGCUGUUCCUUUAACAAACAACUGAAUACAUAGCUCCUCAGCGCGAAUUACGUUUAAGUAUGAAACCCAAACCUCAUACGUCAGCUGGUUUGAUUUUAAAAUGAAGCCUGCGUGGUUUCUUUCAGCGAUUUCCCCCAAACAAUGAAUGAUAUUUUACUUUUGUUAUCACCUGACGUGACCGCUUCAAUUGUAGUCGUCGCUUACACCUAAUGGUCCAUGAAUGGGAAGAGAUUUAUUAAUUAAGAUGCAAGACAAGUUGUUUAUCAACUAUGAUUCUAAAGACCAUUGUGUAUAUAAUACAGUAGUAAGUAAUUACAAAACUGUUGCAAAAUGAAGAGUACGACACAUCAAGGACUUCUUAAUGCAUACCCUAAGCACAUGCUUAUUUAGCUGUAAUUUCACAACUAAUUAGAAAUUCAAAUUAGAAUAAACAGUUCAUUUAUUUCCUAUGCUUUGUUUUUAUUUUAGCCUGGCUCCACAGAUACACAGCAUGUUUUUUUUUUUU